AGAACUGUCUAGAUGUUACGAGUAUUUGAAUAGGCAUAAAGCAACGCUCUUGUCAGCAGGACGUAAGGGCGUAUCAAAGAGUUGCUGUGUGGCAGUUUCACUUUCGAUUUGCUCAGUUUUGAGUGCGGCUGUUGUUCGUCUUUUUUGCUUCAAACGUUCACAUACCAUGGAUACAAUUAAGGAGUAUCUUUCUCCUAAAAGUUUCAACCAUUUGAGCUUCGUUGUGGUGAUUGGUUCGGUAGUGAUUGGAAUCAUUCUACUUGGAGUCGUCGCUGAUAUUGAAGCCAGCGAACAAAGGUAUUUUAGCUGCCAAAUAAAAGGAGAAGAGAAAGAAAGUAACCUGUAUGUUCAAAGAACAUGCUUCGCUUACUACCAAGCCAAAACCACAAGAGGUUUUCCACUUUAUGGUUUUGUUCUUUUAAACUUCUUGUUGGUUAUAAUGGUGUGCUUCUGCUACUCUCAGUCUGUUCGAUAUAAAGUGAAAUACCUCGAACGCGAAGACCUUGAAAUGCAAACAAACCAAUCUACUCGUCAAUAUCGUAGGUAUUGCAUUCAACUCGCUGUUAGAUUUAYUCUAGGCAUGAUAUUUCUUAUUCUACAAUGGGGAGUCUUAUAUCCUGUCAACUUUCCUUCCAAGUACGCCUGUGAAUUGACAAGCAAUCGUGAAGCAAAACAUACGAAUAUCACGAGCAGCGAUGCAGCAAAUGUCACACGGUCUUGGUAUGAUUGUUAUAAUUUACAAGCAGGAAAGAAAACGUUCUGGACAAUUAUUGUUUUUGUAGUCAAUGUUCUAUUUAAUGUUCUUAUCCUUCUGGAGUUGAUAUAUGUCAUGAGGAAAGCUAAAAUCAAUGAUAAUUUCAGGAAAGAUUUAGAGUUUUUCAAUAUAAGCCAGCCAGAAAAAGUGUUGCUUAUUUUCGAUGGUCUUGAUGAAUUUGGAAAGAAAGAAAACAUUGUUAAAGAAGAAGAAUUUGGGAACAAUCUUGCAGAGACACUUCCAUUCUCUGCAUUGUAUUCCAAGUUAACACUAGGAAAACUCUUUAAAGGAGCUACAGUUGUAACUACCUCAAGACCAACUGCUCUUUCUUAUGUAUCAUUUCCAAAUAAAACGUUUGACCGAACUUUGGAAAUUCUGGGAUUCAAUUCAGAGCAAAUAGCAAAAUAUGUGGAAAGGUUUUGUGAAGACUUUAUAAAACAGAAAAUAUGGAAUCACAUCAGAGGCAAUGCAAAUCUUUUGUCUUUGUGCUACAUUCCUGUAAAUUGCCACAUUGUGUGCUUUUCGUUACAAGAGCGACUAAAACGGCCGGAUGAAGACAACGAUGUUGAUUAUUUGCCAACUACACUCACCGAAAUUUACGAAGAUGCAUUAGUGCUUAUUGUCUGCAAACACAACCCACAAUAUCGCCGCAGUCCUCCUGAACAAGAAAAGCUGUUGUCCUCACGUKACUUCGAUCCUGAAGUAGGAGAGUCUUUGAAUAGUCUAGGGGAAAUAGCUUAUAAAGGAAUUAAAGAGGAUAGGCUGAUUUUCGAAUCAAAUGAAGUCGAGACACAUGAAGAAAGUGGUCUGCUUCAUCGGCUGCCCGACCAACAGGUUGGUGUUGUUCGACACAAAGAACAGUACUGCUUCCUUCACUUAACGACACAAGAGCUUCUGGCUGCAAGAUACAUCGUAAAGGGAAAACGUUUGAAGGAACUAAAGAGCUGGGUUUCUGAACAUCUGCAAGAAGGCAAGUGGGAAGUAGUGAUGCAGUUUGUUGCUGGGUUGCUUCAUCAUGAAGAACAUAGUAGGGAUAUAGUAAGGAUUUUUAUUGCAAGUUUACCUCCGCAAACGUCUGGUGAAGAAAGCUGGCCACAUGUCUUCGAAAAGGAGCUAGUGAUCAUACUUUUCAAGUGCAUAUUUGAGAUUUCACGAAACUCAAAUAGUCUAUGGAAAAGUUUGGUUGCAGACAGUUGUAGUGGUGUAGUCAACGUAAACCUGAGUAGGAUGUCAUUAACUGAUGGAGAUAUGACAGCGAUAGUGWUCGUUUUACAAGAGAUAAAGAGUAUUGUAAAUGUAGAUGUAAGUAUCAACCACAUUACAUCUAUUGGGUGUCAGGAUAUGUAUAAGCUACUCAUGUCAGGGUCUUCUGAUGCAAAUAAGUGCAAUCUAACCACGUUGAACAUCAGUGCCAACCAAAUAGGUGAUGAUGGAUUAAAACACUUGUCUAAUGCACUCACUACAAAUGAAUGCAAACUAACCACGUUGGACAUCCGUAACAACCAAAUAGGUGAUGAUGGAUUAAAGCGCUUGUCUGAUGCACUCGCUACAAAUGAAUGYAAAUUAACCACGUUGGACAUCAGUCACAACCAAAUAGGUGAUGAUGGAUUAAAGCGCUUGUCUGAUGCACUCGCUACAAAUGAGUGCAAACUAAGCACGUUGAACAUCAGUCACAACCAAAUAGGUGAUGAUGGAUUAAAACACUUGUCUAAUGCACUCGCUACAAAUGAAUGCAAACUAACCACGUUGGACAUCAGUCACAACCAAAUAGGUGAUGAUGCAUUAAAACACAUGUCUAAUGCACUCGCUACAAAUGAGUGCAAACUAACCGCGUUGAACUUCUUUGGCAACCAAAUAGGUGAAGAUGGAUUAAAACAUUUGUCUGCUGCACUCGCUACAAAUGAGUGCAAACUAACCGUGUUGUACAUCAGCGGCAAACAUAUAGGUGAUGAUGGAUUAAAACACUUGUCUGCUGCACUCUCUACAAAUGAAUGCAAACUAACCGCGUUGCACAUCGGUUUCAACCGAAUAGGUGAUGAUGGAUUAAAACAUUUGUCUGCUGCACUCUCUACAAAURAAUGCAAACUAACCGCGUUGCACAUCGGUUUCAACCGAAUAGGUCAUGAUGGAUUAAAACACUUGUCUGCUGCACUCUCUACAAAUGAAUGCAAACUAACCACGUUGCACAUCAGUCACAACGAAAUAGGUGUUGAUGGAUUAAAACAUUUGUCUGCUGCACUCUCUACAAAUGAAUGCAAACUAACCGCGUUGCACAUCAGUUACAACCGAAUAGGUGAUGAUGGAUUAAAACAUUUGUCUGCUGCACUCUCUACAAAUGAGUGCAAACUAACCGCGUUGAACUUCAGCGGCAACCAAGUAGGUGAUGAUGGAUUAAAACACUUGUCUAAUGCACUCGCUACAAAUGAAUGCAAACUAACCACGUUGAACUUCAGCGGCAACCAAAUAGGUGAUGAUAAAUUAAAACACUUGUCUAAUGCACUCGCUACAAAUGAAUGCAAACUAACCACGUUGGACAUCAGUGACAACGAAAUAAGUGAUGAUGGAUUAAAACACUUGUCUGGUGUACUCGCUACAAAUGAGUGCAAACUAACCAUGUUGUACAUCAACAGAAACAAAAUAAGUGAUGAUGGAUUAAAACAUUUGUCUAAUGUACUCGCUACAAAAGAUCGGCAACUGAAUUUGUUAACGUGAAACCUCAACUCGACAAUAGGUAUAUAUAUCGUAUACAGCAGAAGUCUAGAACAAAAAGAGCUCUCAAGCUUGUUCCCAAUUUAUAGUUUAUUUAUGAUAAAACUAUAAGAAAAACUGUGACUGUGAACGAAAUCCCGGAAAAGAAAGAAACCAACCAAAGAGAGACAAAUGAAUAAGUAUCAUUUAUUACUACUUUUCCAAAAUGAAUAAUAUUUUUCAUUCUAUAAACCAACCAAAGUUUAGUUGAAAGUAACAGCUACCUACUCAAGGCGCGAUUACACAGAGCAAUUGCGGGGAUACAGCGACACAAGUUGCUUGAGUGUUUACCCUGUGCAACGGAGACGCAAACAAUAGCUGCAACAUGUAUCACAAUAUUUUUUUCAAAAUGCGCUGUAGGCUUAAACGCUGCAAUGCUCAAUGCAACUUUUGUCGCAACGCCGAUGCGAGACAAGUUGCAGAGAAAAUUGCUCUGUGUAAUCGCGCCUUUAACAAACUGUUUUUCAAGCGUGUAUUAAGGCAGGAGGUAAUUGAAAUUACGAAAUGUCUUGGUUUUGAAAAACAGUCGUUUUGGUCAACAUGCGCAUACUCUUGACGUCACCUAUAUGCUAAUGUUAGAUUUAUAGACACGGGCUCUGUAGCCAAUGAUAGUGACAGUUAUUGUUUUAUUUCUAAUUAAUUUCAAAGCUACAAGAUACAACGCAUUUAUAUAAUGUCUUGCGCCUCUUUUACACAAGGAUAGUGUUAGCCUUAAGUUCAAAAUGGAAUAUAUCUUCUUUUUUUGUAGAUUCAUUAUUAUGAUCAUUUGAAUUGUUUG